GGACAGAGGAAAGACGUGUAUGUAGGCAUUUGCUGCACCAGCAAGUAUUUGUCUGCUGCUAUGGCCAUCCAGUGGUCUGUCACUGGCAGUAUCUUCUUUGUACAUGGGUCAGUGGAUGCCUGUGCCCACCCCGACAGGUGCGGCGCGUAGAAUGGCCGAAUGUAGUAAUCAGGCGUCCUACUACUAGUACUAGUUACUUCUCCCACUCUGCUGCAAUCAUUUUUCAUCCUGCUGUGCUAGCUGUUCAUGGUUUGUUUCCAGCCAUGAAGAUAACAUAGACGAAGCGACUUAUCCUUGCCUGUUCUGAGUGUUGGUGCGUAACAAGUCCUGUGCGCGAUCUGGCAGACCAUUGAUCAACUAGAUUCUGAGCUCAAUAUGAUGACAGCUGUGGCUUGCUAACCUAAUCAAACUACUUUGCAGUGUGGGCACGGAGUCCUUUUUAGAUUGGCAGCAGAGAUGAGCUUCGUACAGGCAUUAGUACACCCUGAAGAUUUGGUGGCGUUGGUGAAGUUUAAAUUUCUUGGCGGCGCAGAGAGUGUGACACCUCGCGUGAAUCUGUCAACCCUGGACAAGCCUCUCCAGGUCUGCUAUCAAUUGCUGAAGCGAACAAGCAGGAGUUUUGCUGUGGUUAUUCAGGCACUUGAUGAGGAACUCAGAGAUGCAGUCUGUCUGUUCUACCUGGUGCUGCGUGCCUUGGACACCGUUGAGGAUGAUAUGACCAUCACGUCGGCCGAGAAGAUUCCACUGCUGAAGAAAUUCCACGAGUUUCUGGAUGAUCCCACGUGGUCUUACUCGAAGAGUUCUUGCAAAGAUGGCGUUGUGCUAGAGCGAUUUCCUGUAAUCAGCAACGAGUAUCGGCGGCUUAAGCCUGCUUUCAGAGAUGUGAUCAAGGACAUUACCGCUCGCAUGGGUGCUGGAUUUUGCAUCUACUUGGAAAAGGAAGUCAGCACGCUAGCAGAUUGGGACGAGUACUGUCACUUUGCUGCCGGUUUGGUUGGCGUUGGCCUGUCGCAGUUGUUUGCUGCAUCGGGCCUGGAAGAUGUCAGCGUUGCCACAAGCACCGAGCUCUCCAACUCGAUGGGGCUGUUCCUGCAGAAGACUAACAUCAUCCGUGACUACCUGGAGGAUGUGAAUGAUAACCGGCACUUCUGGCCGAGAGAGGUCUGGUCACAGUAUGCUCCGAAUAUCGGCGACUUCCGCAAAAGGGAGAUGUCGGCACCGGCAGUGGCAUGCCUCAAUCAUCUGAUCACGAAUGCCCUGAGCCACGUCCCCGAUGUUAUUGCCUACCUUUCGCAGCUCAAGAAUCAGAGCAUUUUCAACUUCUGCGCAAUACCUCAGGUAAUGGCGAUUGCUACUCUUGCUCGUUGUUACAACAACCACAACGUCUUCACUGGUGUUGUGAAGAUCAGGAAGGGGGAAGCUUGCUCCAUGAUGAUGGAAUCAACGAAUAUGGAGAAAACUGUGGAGAUCUUCAAUGAGCGUAUCCUUGAGCUUGGCGGCAAGAUCACAGUCACAGACCCCAGUGCCAGCAUAACACUGUCGUCAGUGCAGAACGCACUUGUGCUCUGCCACAGCAGCCUGCAGCAGAAGGGGACUGAAGCCAGCGUCAAGCCAACACUCAAGAUUCAGCUGCCCGCAGUGCGACUGGACCACGAGGACCGGGUCGGACUCUACCGGCUGAGGUCCUCACGCAAAGAGUCGCGGCGGUCUUUGCUCUUGUCGCCACUCUUGUCAUGGACCGUUUGUUUGCUUGCAGUCACCUAUCAAUACUGGGGCCUUUACCUUCCUGUCCAACUCAAGGAUUCCUUGUAAGUGCCAAACCAUGUCCGUUGUCAGCAAUGCUUUAUUAGAGGCUUUCCCCAGGCUUCAGACUGUCGACGUUGAUGGUGUACUCGGAUUUUCCAUUGUGGCUCACCUUGCCACCAGUGUUGUACAGAAAACUAUUCUGAGCUUGUGCAAAUUCCUACAUGUUACUAAAAUUUAAUGUGUUCAGCUAAUUCAAGCACCAGUAUACUAUUAUACUGCAUCUAGCAAACGGAGUAUAUUUAUUUUGAUACUUUGAAGUAGUUUCUUGCAACUCCCAACCUUAGGUCCAUAUUUAUUCACGAUUUGUUACCCCUCGUAUUCAUCAUCAGGCUGCGCCCGAUAAUCACCUGCAUCGCUAACUGGUAUCACUCAUUUACUAGGAGUACACACAGUAUUUUACUAUUUUAUUGAUUUGUCCAAAGUGUGUUAUUCCAGAAAAAUCCUGGUUUCUGGGGUAGUUUUAAUAUGCCAUCUUUUUCAUGUACACGUAUAGGUUUGCGGACAAUAAGAAAAGUUUGCACAUACAUGUUUGUCUUAUUUUCUUCCCAGCGCUCCUGCUCUGGUAUCCUAGGUUAUUUUCCAAUUCUAGCUAGAAUAUGUUUGCUGAUUUAGAAUUUUAUCAUAGUUUGCGUCACCUCAUUUGCACUUAGCACACGCGCGACCUUUGUUGGGUGCACUCCCGUGAUAGUAAUCUGCAAAGAAAAUAUCACUCA